AUGGAAAAGGAUAUUACUCGGCCCAUUCUAUCCGGCGGCUGCGACUCCGGCGAUAGCAAGCGGCUAAGAAUGGCUGAUCCGGGAUGUACCGUUGCGGGCGAGAGCAGACCUGUGAAACUACCAAAACUCGAAGAGAACGGAGGUGUAGACUCGACAUCGGAAGCAGAGAAGGUCCCUGUCGAUUCACAAAUGGCUGACGUGACAAUUAACGAUCUAGACAGAAAAACAAACGCCGGGCACGGAGUAGUCUCGGUCAUGGGACGGCAGAGAGCUAUGACUACCGCAGUUUCCACGGUCGUCGACGAGAUCCCGUCUUAUGAUAUCUUCGGAAUUUUCGACGGCCUUAGGCUCGCUAAGUUCUUCGAGGAGAGGCUGCGUCGUCUCGUGAAGGAGGAGGUAACGGCAUGCGGGGUGGCGGCAGACUGGAACAAAGUGAUGAGCUCAUGUUUUUCGGAAGCGAUGGGGACGGUGAGGUCUGCGGCGGCGAAAGCAGUGGUUACGAUUGUUGGAAAAGAGGAGGUGAUUACGCUUUGUCGUGGUGGCGCAAGGGCAGUUCUUUACUCUCACGGUGGAAUCGCUUUACCUCUUUGCCAUAUCCAUAUUCACCAGAGUGGUGUAGAUCAGCAGUUGAAGAUCCAUAAGCGAACUAUGAUAGAUAAUUUCAUAGUACUUGCAUGUGAAGGUCUAUGGAACGUUGUCUCCGACGACGACACAUAUCAGCUUGUCAAACGUUGUCUCUACGAUAAAUUUCCAGCCGGAGGUACGAGGGAAUCGAGCUCCACAAAGGCUGCGGUAAUUUUGGCAGAGCUUGCAAUUGCUAGAGGAAGCAAAGAAAAUAUAAAUGUAAUCGUUAUUGAUCUCAGGAGUUCUACUGUUUCUUAG